CACAGGCUCACAUUGUAUAGCACCAUGGGUCGUGGGGUAUCUUGCGAAACCAUCCACCGCCACCAACAGCAUCUAAAGUGGUCAAAGGCAAACACACCCGUCUUGACAAUUGACUCUGGCGAUACAGUCACGUUCGACGCCCUUGAUGGCAGCAACGGGCAGAUCAACAAAUCUUCCACUGUGGACGCCUUGGACACUUUCGAUGUCAACCUGGCCGACCCAGCCUUUGGACCUAUCUACGUUAACGGUGCAGAACCAGGAGAUGCGCUAAAAGUGGAAAUUCUAAAUCUUGAGCUGGGAGACUGGGGGUGGACAGCGAUCAUGCCGGGCUUUGGAUUGCUGGAGGACGAAUUCCUCAAUCCGGCUCUUAAGAUAUGGGAUAUUGAUCCAAACCUGCCUUACGUGAAGUUCAAAGACGGAAUACAUAUUCGCAAACAGCCGUUUUUGGGCGUGAUGGGCGUGGCUCCCGGCGAGGAAGGAGAGUUUGCGAUGAUUCCACCACUAGAGACAGGUGGGAAUAUGGACUGUCGGUACUUAAUUGCUGGAUCGACGCUAUAUCUCCCUGUGCGGACUAAGGGAGCGUUGUUCAGCUGUGGCGAUGGCCAUACGAUCCAAGGCGAUGGGGAAGUAUGUGGGACAGCGAUUGAGACAUCACUAACAGCAACGUUACGUUUUACCGUAUGCAAGAAUCAGCCGUGGGUGACUGCACCGCAGUUCCAGACUCCUCCGUUAAAAGAGAUUUUAAGCGAGGAGGAGUUGAGUCAGGAUAAAGGGGAAUAUGCCGCCAUGGGGGUUGACGCCGACCUUCGUGAAGCUACGAGAAAAGCCACGCGAAACUUGAUUAAUUGGCUGGUCUCAACGAAGGAUCUCACGCGCGAGGAAGCGUAUAUGCUCGCUAGUGUGACUGGACAUCUUAAGAUGGUUGAAGUUGUGGAUAUGCCAAAUUACGCUGUUAUUAUGAGCAUACCUCUGAGCAUCUUCGUCUGAUGAAAUGCCCCACCAAUUAGCUAGUUACUCACUUUACGACCUGAACGACGUUUACGGCUGACUGGAUAUG